AUGUUGCCACAGAAUUUUCUCUUUCGGAAAGUCCCGAAUGGAUGUAUAUAUUGUAAGGUAGUGCUGUGUUUGACCAGACAGCUGUUCGGAAUUGCCAACAAACCCACAGGUCUGUCAUCUAACAUCGACAAGAUAAGGAUGUUUCUUCUUCGCCUCGCCCUGUUCCUGUGUGCUGCAGUCGCUGCUCGGUGCCUUCCACGGAAGAACGUCAACACCAGAGAACGAAGACAAGUCGCCAACUGCCAACCUCCAGCCAACCUCAGCCUCCUGUUUGAGAACCUCAACCAACACCUCAACGCUUCCAUGUAUCUACAAAUGUCUGAGCUGGCCGGCAACAAUUCCAAACUGCCCAUGGCCACUGAGCUGAACUACCAUCUGGUGAACGACAGCCAGACAGGAGGCCAAUCGUGCCCAUCUUCGGUGAGCGAUGACCCCAACGCCCCAGUUUUCUCCCGAUCCAUCUGUCCCUGGUGGUACAACAUCACGGAGCUGCCCGCCGGACACUUCCCAUCCUUCAUCCCACAGGCUGUCUGCAAGUGUUCGGCUUGUGUCGGCAACGACGUUAACGAGUGUUCCCGAGUGUCAACCAACAUCCGGGUCCUGCAGGAGAUAGGGUGCCAAGAUGGAUUCUAUAAGUACAAGCCAGUCUUGAAGACUCACCAUGUGGGCUGCACGUGCACCAAGAAGCGAACGUCCCCGACAACUAACGACUGUGGCGGCUGGGGCUGCGCCAGCUAG